UCUCCAUAUUCAAAAGAUGUUGUUACUGUUGUUUAACUUUUGUAUAAUCAUAAAAUCUCCCAUCAAAGUGAAAUGAAAUCCAAUUGCAAAAUGGAAAGCAUUCAUAGAUAAUGAACACCUUAUCACCCUAAAAAGAAGGUAAAUCUCCUCUUCCUUCAAGUCACCACUCAUCAUCAAAAUUGUUGGUGUUCAUGAUCUAAAAGUGAUUAAUUUUAAAACAGAUGUAAAAUUGAAUCGAUUGUAUUUGGUCAAUAGCACAAUAUAUACCUUAAAAAUCCAACCUCUUUUCUAGGGUUUACUAAAUCGUUCAUAAUGGGUCAGUCAAGUGUUCAAGCAUGUCUAUUACUGAUAAUCGAGGUCCUCCUUUUGCGUGCGGGCGAUGUGGAAUCGAACCCGGGUCCUCCAAGACGACAGCCCUCUGCGGGUCCAGCUGCUGCCAACAAAGCCCCUACCAACGAGGAGAAACUUGCACGGAUGGAGGAUAAAGUGAAGGAGUACGAGGAAAAGAUUGAUCAUUUGGAGAAAACGGUCAAGAGUCAUCGCUCAGAAAUUGACAAUUUAAAGAAUCUUGUCAAAAAUUUGGACGGUGUUGAAGAUAAGCUCUUGGGAAUCACGACCAAAAUGGACGCAAUCACUGGUGUUUAUGAUGAUUUACAUGAGAAAAUGCACGAGAUUGACAAAACAAGGAAGAACAAUCUUCUCUUCUAUGGGAUCAAGCCUGAUUUCCUGCCCGAAAUCCAAACCCAAUUGGAAGCCAAGAUCCACGAAAUGAUGAGAGUGAGCCUUCACAUUUCCAGAGAGAUUCCAUGCACCAAAAUAUCUCGAAUGAUAAGCGGACCUGAGGUCCGAGGAUGUCGGCCUGUUUUGGUCAACUUCGUCAAUUGGAAAGACCGUGAGGAGGUCCUUCGAAAGGCUGCUUUCUUGAGAGGAACUCACAUUUACGUGACUGAGGAUCUGUCGCGAAAAGUCCGGGAACAUCGACAUGAAUUGCAAAAAUAUGCCAGACAGAUUAGAAGCAAGUCUCCCAAUAAGAAGUGCAUGAUCCGCCAAGACAAACUGUUCAUUGACAACCACAUGUAUGUCUACGAUGAGGAUAAGCAUGAUGUAGUCCCGUUUACACGUCCAGUGUCGCCCCCUCGCGCUCCGUCUCGGAACUACAUCAAUGUGGAUAAUGUGCUUCGCCGCUCAACCUCGGUUCAUUCCGUAAAUGGUGAGGCUUAUUUGGUCAACGGGGAUGGAGAUAAAUCGCCAAGGAAUGCCCCUGCUUCAGCAUCUGUGGGCGGUAAGUACGCCUCCACGGAGAGUUUGCUCGUUAACCAUCAUCAUGUCGGCGGGUUGGAUCACAACCCUCAGGCGGAUGAAAGCCAUGACCUGAUGAAGGAAUCCAUUCCAGAGUCAAAAGAAGAAGAAGAACCCACACAAGCAUCUCAGGACGAUGCUUGAACACUCCGUGACUCUCUUUGGUGUCUCAAAUCAAUUGCAAAUCUUAGGAGCCAUAAAUUUAAAUUUCGAAGCUUCUUCAAUCUAUCUCGAUGUAUUUCAUGUUUCUUUCAUCACUGGCUAAAUAUAAUUGGACAACUAAG